AUGUGUCGGCUCUUGAACAUCCUGUUGGCCUUGCUGAGUCGCUUCCUGUUUGCGGUCCACGGGGUGGUGACGGUGUGGCGCGUGGUGGCCGUUAAAGGGGAGCCUCUCUAUUGGCUGCUGCUGACGGGCGUGGCUCUGCUGGGUGUGGAAAUGGCUGUCACUCUGAAGUGCACCCGUAACGCAGAGUGGAAAUGGUUCUCCCCCAUGGUUUUCCUCUACCUCAGCACUGUCAUUCCAUCCAUUUGGUUCCUGGAGCUGAGCCUGCUGCAGUCCAAGCUGCCCGUCAACAAUUCCUCAGGCCCUGAGCUUCAUUUGCUGGCUCACAUCCCGAUCACAGCGGGCAUCGUGGAGCUGGAGCCGGAGGACUGGGUGGCCGGCUUGGAACAAACCAUGCUCAUCGUGCUGGUUCUGGGUCGCUGGCUGAUGCCCAAGGGGGACAUGUCCCGAGACCAGCUGUCCCAGCUCCUCAUGGUCUACGUUGGACUGGGCGCCGACAUCUUGGACAUCUUCGACACCUUUAAAGAGCCUGAAGUCAAAACCAACCGGGCGGUCGUCAUCACCGGCCUGGCCCUCUUCUCGUGGGCGCUCAUGCAGUUUCCUCUGGUUCUCACCCAGACACACCUCCCGAAGGGUGAGUCUCCUCAAAGGAGCCCAGGUGGUCUCCUCUGCUGCACUGGAGCUCCACCCUCGUCCGCCUCCUGCUGCUCUAGCGAAGUGUGGAGCUUGCUGCUCACAGUGGGACUCCAAGACGGCCCAUUCCUGGUUUACCGGCUCUACCUCAUGAUUCAGGAGCAGGUGCUCAACCAGCUCAUGAUCUUCUUCACCUGCAAGAACAUCGUCAUUGUCCUGCUGGAGCUUUACCGAAUCUUUGUGGUGCAGUGUGAGCAGCGGGCGGAGGAGUGGGGUUUGGAGAGGUGCACUGCUCUGGUGCUUUGGUGUGGAACCCAGCGGCGCGGGGAGGGGAAGCAGGAGGACGUGGGGAGGGAGGAGCGGUGUGGAGAGCAGAGCUGUCAUACAGACACAGACGGGGGCGCCGACAGGGAGGAAGAUCAGAAAGGUGCCCAUGUAUAG